UGUCAUGAAAGUAUCCGUGCGUGUGAGAGGAGAAUGGUUCGCCGUGCCUUGCAAGACUGGAAGAUCCACAAUAAGAUGGCUGGGAGAAGAGGCCUUGAGAAGAUAUCAGAGACUACAACCGCAAAGUUCACACGUUGAUCGAAUCGAAAAGGUGAGAGAAAUACGAAGAACAAAAGGAGGAGCCAUUUUAGAUCCCGACGACUUGGUCAGAAAUAUUUUAGAUGAUAACGAUUACGUUUCAGUGGUGUUGGAAACGGAUCGAGCCAAUCCCGUAACCGGACCUGCCGAAAUUCAUUACAUACCCGAACAAGUACCUGGAAAAUUCAGCCUUCCAGAUGAAUAUAUAUGCUUAGAUGGAUGCAGCCUGGAACCUGAUGCGACACUCAGAAAUUAGCGUAAUCUAAACAUAAGUAAUGAUUUUCAAACGUUCAUANCUUUGUCGUAUCAGGAUAGAAUUGAGGCGGAGCCGGAAAGAAAGCAAUCGUUGUAUAAUCGUAGGGUUCUUAGGGGAAAAACAGGAAGAAAAUAUAUCGUAAAAUCAUUUAGCUCAGUUGCUUUCAUCUCUAUUAAAAUUGCUCUUAUUUUAUAAAUCUAUUGUUUAUUGAUAGGUGUGGGAAAUCCUCUUCCACCGGAGAAAACUCGAAUGCUCCUGGCUCUGAGAAUCAAUGUGUUAUCUAAAGGAUACAGCGGGAUCUCUUUAGAAACACUGCAACAACUAGUGGAUGCCUUUAACGCAUCUUGUUUGCCGUGGAUCCCCGAAAAGGGAAGCGUGGGAGCUAGUGGUGAUCUGGCUCCACUGGCUCAUUUGGCUCUAGGUUUGAUUGGAGAAGGGAAAAUGUGGAGUCCCGAAAGCGGAUGGGGAGAGGCUAAAUAUGUCUUGGAAUCACAUGGAUUGCAACCGAUUCGGCUGAAACCGAAAGAGGGAAUUGCAAUUUUGAAUGGAACCCAAUUAAUUACUUCAUUAGGAGCAGAAGCCGUACAAAGAGCAAACAUCAUAGCAAGACAAGCGGAUGUAGUCGCUGCACUAUCUUUGGAAGUUUUAAAAGGAACCACGCGCGCUUUCGAUGGAGAUAUUCAAAAGAUUCGACCUCACAAAGGACAGAUACAAGUAGCUAGAAGAUUGAGAUCUCUCUUACAUUCCGACACCUUCCCAUCCGAAUUAGCGGAAAGCCAUCGAUUUUGCAAUCGCGUUCAAGAUGCUUACACUUUGAGAUGCUGCCCUCAGGUUCACGGAAUAGUACACGAGACCAUCGGAUUCGUCAGAGGAAUCAUCACCACCGAAAUGAACAGUGCCACCGAUAAUCCCUUGGUUUUUACCGAACGUGCAGAAAUUAUAUCGGGAGGAAAUUUCCAUGGAGAAUAUCCAGCCAAGGCUUUGGAUUAUUUGGCCAUUGCCGUCCACGAACUUGCCAGCAUGAGCGAAAGAAGAAUCGAAAGAUUAGUCAAUCCGGCUUUAAGUGAACUUCCGGCCUUUCUAGUAAAAGACGGAGGAUUGAAUUCUGGAUUCAUGUUAGCUCAUUGUACUGCCGCUGCUUUAGUCUCAGAAAAUAAAGUCUUAUGCCAUCCCGCUUCUGUCGAUUCUCUGUCUACCAGCGCUGGAACGGAAGAUCAUGUCUCUAUGGGUGCUUACGCUGCACGAAAAGCCUUAGAAGUAGUAGAAAAUGUAGAGAGAGUUAUUGCUAUAGAACUAUUAGCAGCUUGCCAGGCUAUAGAUCUGUUACGUCCUUUAAAAUCUACAUGCCCUUUAGAAGCAGUUUAUAAACUAGUGAGAUCGAUAGUGAAAACAUGGGACAAAGAUAGAUAUUUAGCACCGGAUAUCGAAGCUGCCACAGAACUUCUGAAGGAAGAAAGAGUUUGGGAAACCGUUCGACCUUACGUGGAUCGUUAUUUCAACGAACAAACAGUCGAAACAAGACCAUCUUCGCCCACCACUAGUUUCUCGAAAUCCAUGAAAAGGAAAUUCGACGAACUCAACGGAUCUUUAGAAGAAUAUUUCGGUGAAAAAAUAUUUAAAUCCGAAUGAAAUUUUUAUAAAAUAUUACCAUAAAAAUUUUUUCUUUAAUCUUUCACUAAUAAAAUUUCCAAAAACAUUUAAAAAAAUAUAUAUCGAUUGGGGUGGUAAAGGAAGCUUCGUCGUAGACGUGGUCAUUAUUAUCUCCAUUUGUAUCGGCAUUACCAAUCAUUCUAUUGACCAGAACAAUUUGGAGAGGAAAAAAUCCCGUCUAAAGUUGAACGUACGGCUACCAUUGGGUUUCGAGGAAGUCGAUGAACGAUUAUAA